AAUCGAAAUUUAGUUAGAUCCAAUUUCUCGCAUCGCCACCAUCCGCCGCCGUGAUCAGCUCAUACCACCGGUUAGGUCAAAAGCGGACUGUCGCGUGAUUGCUGUGUUAACAAAAUUCUCAUUCUCUCCGAUUAAUGGCUGCUUCAAAUUCUUCUAAAUUGUUUCGUGUUGGCCGUUCAAUCCUGGGUGGUCUGAGCAACAAUGCUCUUGGGGCGAGCAGACCGUCUUCCAAAUUGGCAGAUAUGGAUUUCUUAUCUCAACAAACAAGAACAUUCAUUCAGAUGAGGACCAACCUUAAAGUGGUGGACAACUCCGGGGCAAAAAGAGUGAUGUGCAUACAAGCAUUGAAGGGAAAGAAAGGAGCUAGAUUGGGGGACGUAAUAGUAGCAUCGGUUAAGGAAGCACAUGUUGGUGGGAAAGUGAAGAAAGGAGAUGUUCACUAUGCUGUUGUAGUUCGCGCUGCAAUGCCACGGGGCCGUUGUGAUGGGAGUGAAGUCAAGUUUGACGACAAUGCUGUUGUACUCAUCAACAAGCAAGGCGAGCCAAUUGGCACCAGAGUGUUUGGCCCUGUUCCUCAUGAGUUGAGAAAGAAGAAACAUCUCAAGAUUCUCAGUCUUGCUGAGCAAAUUGCCUAGAGUGUUAUCACAGGCCUCUGCUUAUAUCUGUCAUUUUAUUCUCCCUUUUAAUGAGGUUAUGAACUAUUGUAGUACUUGAAUAUAUCAUUGCGAUCUGUGCGAACUGAGUUUCAUUAUUAUUAUUGAAUAAUUUAGUUUUACA